CUUGGCUAGGUGGGUGAGAUGGGGUCAUCUCCAUGUUACACGGAGGGAAACUGAGGCACAGAGCAGGGUUGGGCCCUGCCCCAGGCUGGGGAGUGGGGGUCAGGCUGGGAGGCGAAACCAGGGCUUUCUGCCUGUGGAGGCUUUACGGGGAAGGGGCCCAACCCUCCUUGUUUGUCGCACUUUGACCGCCUGGGAGGGGUGUGCCAGGCCCGCUGCCUCCUCCCCAGGCUCUUCUCCGACGCACCAGGAAGCAGGGGGCAAGAUCCCUCGUGGGCCCAGCAAGUUCCUGGCCAAGCCCUGCUAGGUCUGCCGGCCCGGGCUCCCCGGUGGCCCAGUGGGACGGACGGGUCCUGCCGAGGAAUGGAGCCCAUGGGCCAGGCCUGGGCACUUCCCACCCGCGGCUGCUGGAGGGAGCCGGCCCCCGCCCUGUGAUGGCGACCGCGCCUCCGCCCGGCCUGAAGUUCAAGCUCAUCCUGCUGGGGGACUUUGGGGUGGGGAAGACCACCCUGUUCCACCGCAUCCGGGCGGGGCGCUUCCUGCCGGGCGCCCGCGCCCCCAACGAGCACCUGGCCGUCUGCCAGAGCACCGUGCGGCUCAGCCACCCCCAGAGCCCCGGCCUGGUGCAGAUCUCCCUGUGGGACACGGCCGGCGAAGAAAGGUUCCUCUCCCUGAGCAGCUGCUACUACCGGGGCGCGGACGCCGUGCUGCUGCUGUACAGUGCCCAGAGCCAGCUCUCCUUCGACAGCCUCCCGCACUGGGUCUGCGUGGCCCGGCAGUACUGCCUGGACGCCCCCAUCUUCCUGCUGGGCAACAAGACGGACCUGGAGCCACGCCUGCCGGAGGACAAGGCUGAGAGGUUUUCCACGGAGCACGGAGUAGCCGGCAGGUUUAACGUGUCGGCCAAGACAGGAGAGAACGUGGACAGGUGCAUGCAGGACGUGGUGCAGCGGCUUGUCCUCAAGAGCGAUGCUGGGAGCAGCAGGCUGACCGUGCGGCUGCAGGAGGCCGACUCCUCCAGCCCCUGUGCAUGCUGAGCGCCCUGGGGAACCCGCUCUGUGCUUCAGGAACCUGCUGGGGUCGCAGCCUGAGCCCCGAAACCCGUCACUGUGCCGCCACCAGCCACAGCUCCCGCCGGGCGUGGAGCCAGCCUGGGAGAGACCCUCCUGCCCUGGUACCAGAACAUGCUGCCGGAUACUCCCUGCCGUGGGUGCUGAAGCACCGCGUGCCAUGCGGGCGCCUUUGUCCCCCGAAAGGGGAGGCCAGACCCCAGGGCCUGGGCUGAGCCCCACAUCUCUCCCCGCGUCUGCGGUUUGUCCUCUCACUGCUCACCAGCCUGUAGGGAGGAGAGCGCCCUGGCUGCACCCGGUCACUGGGAGACCCCCGCGCACACACUGGGCCCAGCAGGAAGCCAGGGCAGUGGUUAUGGGGGCUGUUCUGCCCUCUGGGCCGGCAGCGAAGCAAUGUCCCCACCCGGUGCCGGAGGGCGCUCUGGGUCCUGUUUGAGAGAGGGUGUGAAAAGCAGCCCCGGCUCCCGAGCGCUCAUUGCAAAUCCCAUUGUUCUCUGUGCCGGGUGGGGGGUACGUGACUCUGUACCUCGGGGGAACACCCAGCAGCCCCAUGUUCAUCCUUGUGAAAUGAUUGUGUAGGAGCCAAUGCAAAGUUUGCCGUGUCGGGUGUCUUCCGAAGGCUCAUGAUGCACUGAGCCGUGUUGUUACAGUUACAGGUUGUAAUUUCAUGUCUAUAGUUACGAGGCUGAAAAUGUCUCCUCAUGGCUUAAAACAGGCCCAGGCAAAAACUCUCCAGGAGCAGAGGGGCAGUUCACACCUCAUCAGGGCAGGUACGGGACAGACCCAGCCCAGCCUCACAGGAACAAAGGACACUGGCCUAGGCAGCAGCAAAGGAUCUGUUGGACUCUGGAGUGAGUCACUCCCCUUCCCAGGGUCAGUUUGGGACGGCGGCGAGGGAAUGUUCACCUGACUCUGAAGGGGGUGGGGGCAAAGCCAAGAGGGAAGGAAGAACAUGAUAAAAGGGAGCAACAUUUGCCAGGCUCGUCCCCUCUCUUCCACCUGCAUCUACAGACACCACCACCAAGCGACUGAAGCGCUGGUCAAAGGGAGAGCCUGGCUGAAGGGCAGCCAGCCGGCCCGUGGUGAGAAGCAUCUCAGUUUGUAAGGGCAUCAAAAGUGUUAAGGUCAGCUUAGAAUGCGUCCUGCCUUUAAUUCAUUUCACCAAAUCUGACUUCUUGUGCUUUGACAAAAGAACGGCCAGACUGGGUCAGACCAAGGGUCCGUCCAGCCCAGUAUCCUGUCUGCCGACAGUGGCCAAUGCCAGGUGCCCCAGAGGGAGUGAACAU